UCAUUUUCUUUGUAACAGUUCAGGUUCGCUCGCUUUCAAGCAGAAAAACCAGGAAAAUAAGCGUUUCGCGAGUGAAAAACCAGCGCUAAAUCCGUUUUUAAUUACGCUAGUUCGAAUAAAACUGCAGUAAAGAUGCUGAUCAAAGUCAAGACGCUCACCGGAAAGGAAAUCGAAAUCGACAUCGAGCCGACGGAUAAGGUGGAUCGGAUCAAGGAGCGGGUAGAGGAAAAGGAAGGUAUUCCCCCGCAGCAGCAGCGACUGAUCUUUUCCGGCAAGCAAAUGAACGAUGACAAAACGGCACAGGAUUACAAGGUUCAAGGUGGUUCCGUGCUGCAUUUGGUGCUGGCUUUACGCGGAGGACUGCUGCAGUAGAAGCGAAACCGAAUGAACUAAACAAAAAAAAAAUCGUAAUAAGCAGGAAGUGAGAUUGAUUCUUAGGCAGAAGGAUGUUGGAAAAUUGUGUUCCCGGCUAGGUAAACCCUAGUUUCUAUUUCCUAUUCUUCUUGAGCUGUUUUUCUACUGUUUGCUGGGAAAUAAAACAACAAUUCAACAAAUAAAAGGAAUUUAAGGAUGCAAA